AUGUUUCUUUGUCUUGUUUUAAUUAUAAUUCCAACAGCAUUGAGCUCAAAAUCCUGCGAGCAGUGCCUAUCUGAAGGGCAUCAUUACUGUCCCUCGGUAAAAGCUUGCAAUUUUUCACCAUGCCCAGAUGUUAUAAAGAAAGUGAUAAAUUGUCCAUGGGUUCCUAACUCAACUUUUGCUUAUGAUGACCAUGUUGCUCGUACCCAAUGGUUGCCCUUGUUUGGCGCUGGAGCAACCGACGUUAAACAUGCGCAAAUGUGCUUUGACAACAAAUGGCCCACUAUGAAAUUAUCGCGUCGUAUUUACGUAAACUGUUCUGAUCCAAGCCCCGUCCUUCCAGAGACCAAAUGUUCAAUGAUUACCGCAUACGACACAACAAAGAAAAUUCUGGUGAUGUCCUUCCGCGGAACGAAUGGCGCUGAACAAUUAACAGAAGAAUUCUUGGACGUUCUAAAAGCAAAAAGCGCGUUUUUCGAUUCUGGAAAGGUAUAUAAAUAUUUCUACGAUGCUUUUGUCUACAUUUGGAAAGGCGGAUUAGAAUCAGAAAUGAGAAACUUGAAGUAUCUCUAUCCUGACUACGAUCUUUGGGUGACCGGGCAUUCUCUUGGUGGGGCGUUGGCUUCCCUUGGAGCUUCUUGGGUAGUGAAAGCAGGUCUCUUUAAACCGGAAAAGAUAAAAUUGCUCACUGUCGGCCAGCCAAGAACAGGAGACUACGACUAUGCACUAUGGCAUCAGAAUACGUUCCCAUACUCCUAUCGCGUUGUGCACCACAAAGACAUCGUACCACAUAUUCCACCACAGUAUGAACCAGACGACGAUCGAAUGUAUCAUCAUCGAACAGAAAUUUGGUAUAACAACAAUAUGGAAGUGGGAUCUGAGUAUCACGUUUGCCAAGAGGCUGAUGGAUUCCACUGCAGUAACCAACAACUUGAUACUAGCAACGAAGAUCAUAUGCACUAUUACAAUACAGAUUUAGGAAUUUAUGGUCCAAGUGGAUGUGUGAAAGGAUAA